UAAAAAGACAAGACUGGUAACACAACAGCCAAAAAUCACGAGACUUGGCCGACCGGUCGACACCAACAGCUACCGCAUUGAGGCUUCGCUACCCCUCAUUUUGUUCAAUUCGAAUAUCGACUACUCCUCGCUUCAGUUUCGACGACAAUACCCCCUUUCGAAUUCGGCUUUCGAACCGCAACCCGAUCGAACUCUACAUCUACAAACUUUACACCUUCGAAAAGAGAAAAGACAACCAUGGGCUGGUUUUGGUCCUCCCCCUCCUCUUCGGCAGUCUCUUCAGGCGUAAAGCCCACCGAGACCUCACCUCUCCCUACCACCACCACCACACAACCAGUUGCUGCCCCCUCAGCGCAACAAACACCACCAACACCGUCUCAGUCUUCCGCCGUCUCCUCCUCCGGCGACGCCGAAAUCCAAAAGUUCCUCGAAUUGCUCCAAGGUGACGGCGCCACCAGGAAGUCCUCCCAAUCAUUCCAACAACAACAGCAGCAACAAACACCAUCCCCAACAACCUCUUCCGAACCAGCAGGGACAGCUUCCGCCUCCGUCCUCGCAAAGUACAAGGCCUACAUCCCCUUUUCCUCGCUCCUCAUCAAAGACGACCCGGCGGCCACAGAACCCGAAGCAGCAGCAGCGCCCAAAAAGACGCGCUCCCCAACCUCCCUCGCCAUGUCUGAGCACUGUCUUCCCACCACCAUGUCCUGUCGCGACGCCUUCGACUACGCCUGGCACUGCCAGACGCCGGGUGCGCAGUUCAACGCCGUGUACCGGUACGGCACCAUGAAGAACUGCUCGGAGCUGUGGGACGAUUUCUGGUUUUGCAUGCGCACCAAAUCGUUUGGUCCCGAGAUGAAGGCGGAGGCCGUCAAGGAGUAUUACCGAAGCAAGGAGGAGGCCAAGUAUGGCGGCGGACAGCCGAGUAGUGAGGAUGUGUGGGAGAGUAGGGAGACGAGGGUCGAGUGGGAUAGUGAGUUUAGGCAGUCAUGGGAGGGCCCGGAAAAGGUCAGUGAUGAGGAGUUCAAGAGGAGGGAGGUGGAGAGGAGGAGGCUGAUACGGGAACAACUUGGGUUGGAUGAGAAGUGAGGAAAUGGUGAGUGGGAAGGAAGGAUGUUGAUAUACCAAGUUGGUUUAGGGUGUUGUUUAGAAGGUUCUUGGGAUGUCGUUAUUAUCAAAUUUUACAAUGGGCAUUGCCAGCCGUCUCAACAGCCAUUUGCGUAUGUUGAAGGGUUGUUGCAACAUCAAUCCUGUCCAAUGGCUCACCUUCGCUAUGAUCAUGUUUGCUUCAACUGAUUCUUCCUACUGUCCAUCGUCUUCAAUUCUGAUACUCCAGAAGUAGUACCUUAACAGCCAU